AUGGUCGCGCUUGGUGCGCCGAUGCUGCCUUGCCGCGCCGUGCUGCGGGCGUGCCUCGUCGAGUGCUCCGCGCUGUGGAUGCGGCACGCGCCAGUGGGGGACGUGGCGGGGCUCGACGGCCGGUCGCUGCCGCUCUGGCAGUACUCGCACGCCGCGCGGAGCCCGGCGGCGACGUGGUGCGAGACCGCCCUGCCCGCGGCGAGCGACGCGGCGCUGCUGCAGGGGCGCGUCCGGCUGACGGCUCGGGCGGGGACGGCGCACGCGCUCGUCGCCUGGGUCGACUUUGACUUUGGCGACGCGCCCGGGGCGGGGGCAGCGCUGAUACGCACCGGCCCCACCGCCGAGAGCGGUGACGUCCCGCGCUUCGGCCCCACGCCGUCUUGGCAGGGCGCAGUCUUCUUGCCGACGCCGCGCGCGCUCGGUGAGGAGGUGGUGGUGGCGAGCCUCUCGCUGGACUUGCUCCGCGGAGAGCUGCGAGGGGAGCUGCUCUGA